GCUGCUUGUUGUUCCCGCAGAGAGGCGAGAAGAUGGCGGCCGUGUCAAGCGGAGGUGCUGGUGGGUCCGCUGCGGCCGGGAUUACGCACUCUGCCCGACCGACCCACGCAGUAAUGGGCUCCCAGAACCGAGCCCAGCCAUCCUCCGGGAUCAGCCACUCCAGUCGUACCAGCACGGCCACUGGGUGCAUCACCAAUCCUGGCCACACUUCGGCCACCAGGCCCCCCCCAGCCCGAGUGGGCCACUAUGAAAUCGAGCGGACCAUCGGCAAGGGAAAUUUCGCGGUUGUUAAACUAGCCACACACAUCAUUACCAAAGCAAAGGUGGCCAUAAAAAUAGUGGAUAAGACCCAGCUGGACGAUGAGAACCUGAAAAAGAUCUUUAGAGAGGUGCAAAUCAUGAAGUUGCUGAAGCACCCCCACAUCAUCCGCCUCUACCAGGUGAUGGAGACAGAGAGGAUGAUCUAUCUGGUAACAGAGUAUGCUAGCGGUGGAGAAAUAUUCGACCACCUGGUGGCUCAUGGGCGUAUGGCAGAAAAGGACGCAAGAAAGAAAUUCAAGCAGAUUGUGGCAGCAGUCCAUUUCUGCCACUGCCGCAACAUCGUCCACCGAGACUUGAAGGCAGAAAAUCUGCUCCUGGACCACAACCUCAACAUCAAAAUCGCAGAUUUUGGCUUCAGUAAUCUCUUUUCUCGAGGACAGCUGUUGAAGACAUGGUGUGGCAGCCCUCCCUAUGCUGCACCAGAACUCUUUGAGGGCAAGGAGUACGAUGGACCGAAAGUAGAUAUAUGGAGCUUAGGUGUGGUGUUAUAUGUGUUGGUGUGCGGUGCCCUGCCUUUCGAUGGCAGCACUCUACAAAAUUUGCGGGCACGUGUCCUCAGUGGCAAGUUCCGCAUCCCUUUCUUCAUGUCCACAGACUGUGAGUACUUGAUCAGACACAUGUUAGUUCUGGAGCCCAGCAGACGGUUGACCAUGGAGCAGAUCUGUAAGAACAAGUGGAUGAGACAAGGAGACCCAGACCCAGACUUCGAUAGGUUGAUAGCAGAGUGUGAGCAGGUGAAGACGGAGAGAGAGACCGAGCUCAUCAAUGAGCAGGUGCUGAUAGCCAUGUCUGAGAUGGGCCUGAAAAAAGAGUGCACGCUUCAGUCCCUACAGACAGAUGCAUAUGAUCACUACAGUGCCAUCUACAGUCUGUUGGCUGACCGCCUCAAGAAACACAAGACCCUGCGCGUUGCACAACCCACACCGCGCUCCAUUAGCUAUCCCCUUAAUGCUGUACAGCAAACGGAUCCGCAGGGUAAUCCCGUUAGCAUGACAGUUCCCCAUGUCCAGCUCAUCAACCCAGAGAACCAGAUUGUUGAGCCGGAUGGCAGCAUGGCACUGGACAGUGAUGAAGGAGAGGAGCCAUCUCCUGAAGCCAUGGCUCGCUACCUUUCAAUGAGGCGGCACACUGUGGGGGUUCCAGACCAAAGGACAGAGAUGCAGGAGGACCUCCAGAAACUGCCACCGGGUUUCCCACGCGGUGCAGUGCCCCAGCCCCCUUUUCCCCCACUGGCCCCCACUAUGGGCCAAAUGCACACUCUCAUGCCCACACAGAGCCUGCAACCCACACAGCAGCUGGAGUACAAGGAGCAGUCGUUGCUGCAGCCACCCACUCUGCAGCUUCUCAACGGUAUGGGGCCUCUGGGUCGAAGAGCUUCUGACGGCGGAGCUAACAUUCAACUACACGCUCAGCUCCUCAAGAGGCCCCGGGGGCCCUCACCACUUGUCACCAGCCCACACCCUAUCCCUGCAGUAGCUCCAGUGGAUGAGGAGGGUUCGGACGGAGAGCCAGACCAAGAGGCGGUACAGAGGUACCUGGCGAACCGCUCCAAGCGGCACACGACGCACGCGCUCACGAGCACUUCGCAUGGCGAGCCCUCGGCAGAGUCACAGCGGCCCCAGGGCCCCCGCCAGAGGGGGGGCUGGGCCCCCGACACACACACCCGAUCCAGCUAUAAGGACUGUAACACCCUUCAUCUCCCCAUGGAGCGCUUCUCACCUGUCAGACGGUUUUCUGAUGGCGCCGCCACCAUCCAGGCCUUCAAGGCUCAUCUAGAGAACAGCAGCCUCAUUAAGCAAAUCAAGCAGGAGUGUGAGCAGCUCCAGAAAAUGUAUGCUGCCCAGCAGGAUGACCGACUCCUUGAGCACACCCAGCAGCAGCAUGUCCUCUACCAGCAAGAGCAACAAAUCCUCCACCAGCAAAUCCAGGGUCUGUCUUUAGGCCAUGGAGAGAGCCAGCCUAGUCACCUAACCCACCAGCUCCAGAGGUUGCGUAUCCAGCCCUCCAGUCCUCCGCCAACACAUCCCAGCAACCACCUCUUCAGACAGCCCAAUCAGAGCCCUCCGCCUGGCACUGCAGGCAUAAUGCAAGGGCAUGGAGGUCCGUCACCAGUGCAGUACCAGCACGGUGGUCCAGCGCUCUACCAGGGCCAAAGUGGCAGCCCGCCUCCAACAGGUCUGCCUCGAGUCGCUCUACCGACCAAUCAACAAGCACCAUCUUCCCGCCCCACCGUCCCAUUGGCACAGGGUGUACCUCAACAACAGCAGGUGACCAUUCAGGUGCAGGAAGUGGAGCUUGGAGGUGGGGCACAGAGACAGGGCAGCUUUUUGUCCACGCCAGGGGGACACAGAGUCCUUGGGAAGCAGCUGAGCGCAGACAACGCCGAGAUGCACAGUCGCAGCCUUGGCCGCUUCACAUCGGGAUAUGAGCAGGCCCAGUUCAAUCCCCACCUCUUCUCUGGCGACGCCGGCUCCCGGGGCCCCUCCGGGGUGGUUGGCUCUUUCAGCCCCUUUCUGCAAGGAACCUCCCUCAAAGUCCCCAGCCUUGAAGGUUACCAGAGUGGGACAGUGGGGACUGGCAGCUAUGGCACCCCCUCUACACUACAGCAGGCCCUGCUCUCCCCAACUCCUUUGGACUACCGCCCCCCACAACAGCAUGUCACUCCCACCCUGCAGGGCCUCCUGUCCCCCCGCCACUCUUUAACAGGCCAUGCCGAUCCCAGGCUGCCCCCCCAAGACCUGGCUGCCCUGCUGAAGAGGCAGAGCCCCCGGCCGUGCCCAGCACCCCCCACACCACCCAGCGGUCCACCCCAAGAGUAUGGAGAGAUGCUGCUUCUCCACCAGCUGAGCCAGGGUGAGAGCUUGGAGCCACCGGCACCGCAAGGUGCUUCCGGAGGCCAGCACUACCUCCACCUCCUCCAGAUUCGACCCCCGGAGGUCCAGCCUCAGCAGCACCCGGCCCAGGCACCUUGCCCCAGCUUACCUCACUCAGAGAGCAUGGAGGAGGAUGAGGUACCGGCUGGUUACCACCAUCCACACGAAGGCCUUCUGGCCAAGGCAGGAGAAGCUCAUGAGCUCCUGGGGCCACCCCGAGGAGGCACCCCACCCUACAGCUCCCCUACACACAGACAUGGUGGCUACAUAAGGAGUGCUCCAGCAGCUAGAGAAUCUGAGCAUGUGGAGUGCAGGCCCCCGGGGCAGGCCAUGGAGGUGCCUGAUCAUAAUGGUGUGGGCUAUUCACGAGGUCCCCAGGGUGACACCUAUCGGUCUCGGGGACAGCUACAGCGCCACCACACCAUCCAGACCUGUGAUGAUGCCUAUGACCAGGCAGAGCCCAUGUCUGGAAUGAGCCUGUUGGCUGGGAAGGCAUUAAGCUCCGCUCGCAUGUCAGACAUCCUCAGCCAGACGUCACUGACAGGAAGCCAGCAGCUGCACCAGCGGGAAGAGUCAGCGUGUGACGUCGAAGGGGAGCUCCAUGCGGCAGCCUGCUACCCCUCCUCCUGCACCAGUGAUAUGCUUCUCAGCUACAAGCCGCCUGACCUACAGUACAGCAUGGAGCAGGCUGGGGUCUAGCACAGGAAAGGGUGUAUCCUGUGUACAGCGAUCCAUAUCAGCCAUCCUGAGUUGUGUUGACUUGAGUUGAGCAGCAUCACGCCAAACCACCGUCGUCUGCCUAAGCGGGGGGCACUCUGCGUCCAUCUGUCUGUCUCCAUCUGUCCUUGGGAGGGCAGUCUGCGCGAGAGAGGAGGAGUGUGGGUGGGUGUAGACAUCAGAGGGGUGGGGGUCACAGGUGUGGGGCCUCGGGGUUCAAAGGUCAAAGUGCCAGCAUUUUCUGCACAGAAAUCCAGAAUUCAUUGCUGCAGGUUGUCUCCUCUUUUUAUCUCCCAUCGUGGGUAGAUUGGGGUUCCACUCCUCCCUCUUUCGACUUGACGACCUCACCUCUUCCCCUUACAAAUCGGACCCACCCUCACCCCACACCGACCUGCUGCCCGUACUUAAACCUCCCCUUUCAUCCUUCAUCUUCUAUUAACUGUUGGCAUACUUCAUUAUGUGCCUCAUUGGCCAACGCAUUGAUACAGUCACACUCGCAAGAACAUGGAGUCCAACAUACACACUGCUGCCACAAACCCAAAGUAUUCACAUUUGUGUGUGUGUGUGUGUGUGUGUGUGUGUGUGUGUGUGUGUGUGUGUGUGUGUGUGUGUGUGUGUGUGUGCGUGUGUGUGCGUGUGUGUGUGUGUGCGCAUGACUGAGAAGAAGGGGUGAGUGAAGGGGAAAUAUGUCUAUGAGGUUCAGUCUGCUCCUCCCUCUCUCCCCCCUCCUGCUGGGCUGCAGCAGAUCAUUCCAGAGCGGGCUGAUAUCUCGACAGCGGCAGCCCCUUUUUAGCCGAGUGGCGGGUGUUUUGGGUCAGGCUCCAACUGGGCAACAAAACCUAAAGAUGGAGCUCAGUGACAUCGCACAGGACAAACCAGCUGUCAUUGUUUUUUUUUUUGUUUUCUUUUUCUCUUCUUGUUCUGGCAGUCUUUUACUUAUUAUUUUAUUUUAAAAUUCAUUUUUAUGGCUAAUGUCCAUGAAGGCAUUAUGCUUAAUAUUGUUAUUCUUAUUGUUAUUACUGUUUUCUGUAAAAGAAGUUUUAUUAUAAUGAAUAUUAUUAUUAUUAUUAUUAUUAUUAUUAUUAUUAUUAUUAUUAUUACAGUUCUGUGUUGCAAGGAUGACAACAUUAUUCUUUGAUUACUUAAGUAAUUCUGCACUUUCGGUUCAAGCUAUCCUCUCUCUGUCUGUUUUACACCCCUCCUCACAGUUACUCGCUCUCUGUCAUGCUGUUACCCCGCCUUUCCGUUCCACUGUCCCCACUCCUCCGACCCUAACUUUCCCCGCCUUGUGUUACUCCUUUUCUCCAUCCUCCUUCCUCCUUUCCCAUGUCAGUGACAGUGUAUUGCAUUGUGGGUAGUUUUACCAGACAUCUGCUCCUUUCCUUGUACAGUGAUGCCAUGUAUAGAACGCUAUUGCAAUUUCUGUAUCAAAUCUUUUCUUCUUUUGUUACUUUUUUGUUUUUAGAUGUUGUUGGGGGGCCUUUUUUAUAUUGAUAUUGUUUAUCAUUUGUAUUUUUGGAUGUCUUCAAAGUGUUUUCUUUUUGUUUGUUUUUGUUUUAUGAAUCUUUGAGAUUUCUAGCCAAAAGAGGACAGAGAGAAGAGAGACAGUGCUCUUUCUGUCUCGUAAAAAAGAUUGUUCCUAUUUGUUUUAAUAUUAUUAUAUCGAGACACUUGAAUAAGAGGAGAGUAAUUAUUUUGUGUUGCUCUUUAAAGUAUCAUUUCAGUCGUUGAUGUUGUGACUGUCAUUCUUGUUGAUGUUGGGCCUGUUUUCUGUUAAUGAGGUAGUUGCGGCAGGCUAUACAGGGUCAGGCUUCGGGCUUUGUCUGGGUUGGUUCGGGUGCUACAGAGACUUGAUACUCAAAAAAAAAGAAAAAAGAAAAGACAAAAAAUGAGGGAAGAACUUGUAAAAUAGCUGACAUAUCAUCCUCAACAUCAAAAGUGUGGAGAUGGACAAACCCACUUCUUUCUCUCUCUUGCUGCCCUACCUGUCUGCUGUUCUCCUCCCACCAUCUUUUAACACAUCGGCUUCUUUUUAGAUGAAUCAUUAAAGACAUGGCCCCUCCUCCCAAACUGACCUUGUUACUAUGGCAACCAAGGAGGAAUCUGCAACUGCUAUUACUCAACCGCUGUCUCCCCUCUUUUGGUUUUCUUUAACUUAUGCCGUUUUGCCAACCCCAAGCCUGGAAGGAAGGAUCGGAGGAGGCAACGGCUGCGUUUCAUGAGUGCUUAAUGGAUCCUGUUGUAGUUGGAUAUACCUGGACACACUUCCAAACCAUAAAAGGGAAACAUUUCAGGAGGUGACCAUAGGAAUGAAUUCUUCCACAGCGGAGGAAUACAAGGUGGUGGUCAGAGCCGGGCAAGGUGCGCCCAUCUUAAACAUGUCUACCAAGGUCUGUGCAACCUCAGCUGAGUCAAUCUAAAAGCACAGCCAGAUGGAGGCUACAGCAAACUGGGGACCACAGCAGAGGAUCGAACCUCCCCAACCCCACCCCCCUUUUCUUUUAAAUUUUUUAAAAUUUAAUUUUAAUGUUUGACCUCUAUUUAUCCUCCCAUAUACAAUACCCCUGGCUAUUGAGUCUAUAUUGGGCCAGCAAGAGACUGGUGCAAAGAAUAUGGCUCCACUUGUAUGUGUUUAUACUGGCCAGACUUCACAAUACCUGGCUGCAUGGUUGACAUAUUGUUUGCUAUAUACAUCUGAGAGCUGUAGAUGGUGUCAUGCAGCGCCCGUGCUUCCCAUUCGCAUCAUGUCACUACCUGUUUACCAACAUUCACUCGUACUCAGAGUUGAUGUGAUUAGCUUUAGCAGUAAAUCUGAAUCUUUAAAACAAGAGUGCAUACAGGAGUGAACGGUGGAGUGGGAUAGAUUCAUGAAAUUAACUAAAUCUGAUGCGUUUUCUGUUUCUUACCAAAAGUCAGUCGACAUCUCAAGCUUUUCCUCAUUCAUCAAACUUUCCCUCCAGCUCUCAUUUGUACCUUUUUCAGAUCUUUUCUGCCUGUUUUCUCUCAUUGUUUACAGCAAGCCAAAACUGAGAUUGGGUACUUUCAGGAAUUGGAGAGGAAAUGGCUGGAAUGGAAGACUCUGCAUGUUCUUGCUCUUGUCCCAUGACAGGAUAGAAACUCUAAAAUUAAGAUCAGAGGCUCCACUUUGUCUGAUAUUGUGACCAGUACCAGAGCUGUUGUUUCAGAUCCUUGUGUGGGGGGAAAGAGCAGAGGCACACAGGAAGGGACAGCUCCAGUGAAUGGAAAGCACUGCACAUGAUUCAGAGGUAAUGGGGAGGAGAGAGUUGCUUCGGACACAUCUUCUGCCUGAUCAGACUGACCCCUCUCCCUCCCCUUUUCCUUUCUGUCUUAACUCUUUCAUCCUUGACUUCUGUCUUUUCUCUCCUUCCCAGCAUCCCUUCUCAGCAAGCCAGCUCUCUGUUCCACUCAUGUUACCUAGGUUCAUUUUGUUUUCUAUUGGUUCAUUUUUUGUCUUUUUUUUUUUUUUUUUGGUUUUGUUUUUAUGUUCAUUUCUGUUGAGUACAAAAAUACUAAAGUGCAACAACAAUGAUUAAAAAGAAUAUCAACCAA